AGUUCAGGUGCUGGUCCUGGCCGAUCUCUGGCGUAGACGACUUGAUGUGCGCGGGCCGUGGUAGUUAAGACUCGCGAAAUUCGCGAGUGUCUUCACGGUAUCCGGAUUUCAGACUCUCUAUGCUUUACGAUGGCGUUAGUUUCGCACAUGGCGAGAUGGAAUAUUGCUUUUCUGCUGGCUUUUACAUCGCUCGCAAUAGCGACCAGUAACGCUCAGGGUCACAGCUGCCCAAUGCCUUCGAACCUUGACGCAUCGAAUGUGGCAUACAACACCAUCACAUUUCGUUGGGAUGUUACCAAGUACAUACCCAAUCCUGUACAUUGCACGUGCAUGUCGUCGGGAAAUUACGGCGAGGCGUGCUCAGCGAGCAAUACGCCAAAGAUCUGCACUACAGGAGUGGCUGGUUACACCAGAACACAGUCAAGCCUUGGUGUCUACACCAACUACACGAUGUGCGUGCAAACGCAGUGCUCCAACAGCAACUUCUCCACUGCUGUCUGUAGGACCUUCAGGACAUCGCCUUUGGCGCCCAGCCAGCCGUACCAGAUUUUCGCAACGAAGCACAGCCCUUCGUCCCUAGACGUGAGCUGGCGAUACCCAACAGCCCUAAACGGUCCUCUGGACGGCUACCGGAUACGUUGGUGCCAGGCGACCAAUUGUGUGCCAAGCCAGGAGAUACUACCCGUUCACGGAACGCGCAAUUUUCGUGUGACGGGACUGCAGCCGUACCGCCAGUACAAUGUCUACGUGGCCGGCUUCAACGUCGAUCCCCACAGUGGCCAGACCCUCUACGGAGCCGAAGCAUCACUCAGCGAGUACACACUACCAACAUACCCUUCCGAGCCAUCUCUAUCCUUCACAAAAGUGUCCACUUCGCAAGUGAACGUUGUGGUGGGCGUACCCAAGUACACCAACGGUCCCAUCAACGGAUACGUGCUGACGUGGUGUCCCAAGCUGCGCUGCUACGGCGACUACGUGAACACUCGUGAGAUCGCACAAUCCAACGCGGGCACGCAGUCUGUUACGGGACUCCAGCCAUGGACGGAGUACGAGUUCACCGUGAGGGCAUUCAACACCAUUCCUACGGACAGCCAGCGUGCCUACAGCGAAGAAGUGAAAGGAACCGUCGUACCUAUGCCAUUCUCUCCGAGUGGUCCACAGAACUUCAAGGCGACUCCGCUGAGCGCCACUUCAGUGAAGCUUACAUGGGACCUGCCGCCGCGAUAUGAUCUGACACCAACUCAUUUCCGGCUAUUCUGGUGCACCGGAGGAGACAAGACUUGCUUCAACGUGGACGUUGGGAACGUGAGGGAAGGCAUCAUCUCUCCGCUGGCACCAUACACAGAGUACCGCUUUAUGAUCAAGGCUCUGGUGCAGUUCACUUCACCGUGGUUAAACAGCGCCGUGUCGAGCACCAGUGUGAGGACAUGGCCAGGUGAUCCCAGCAGACCCGUUGACCUGCAAGUCGUGAGAACGAAGGCAACCGCAGUGGAUGUGUCCUGGAAGGCACCGUUGGACCCUGCUGGCCCCACAACCGGAUAUCGUGUGCGCAUUUGUCCCGAACUCGGAACCUGCCCCGCAAUCGGACUCGUCAGCCGCCACAAAACGCUUAACAAGAAUGUACACAAUCAUUCAUUCUUCGGACUGGAGCCGUAUGCCCAGUACCAGGUUCAAGUCAGUGCGUUCAACAGUCUCCCGGACGAAAAAACAGCCGAAGGGGACGUCGCAGUCGUUUCUGUGUCCACAACUCCGAGUGAGCCAAGCGAACCGACAAACUUGACUGUCCAGACAAUCAGCAGCUCUGUCCUUCUGGUUACGUGGCAGCCUCCGAGUCACAAGAAUGGGCCAGUAAAGGGCUACAACGUCAGCUGGUGGAAGACGAGUCACAACGCUACACACGGCGUAGACGAAGUCACCACUACCUCGAGCAAUUUCGUCAAAGGCGAAGCGUCGUCAAUAACGAUAUCAGACCUUCUUCCGUACACCACCUAUGCCGUUAGAGUUGCCAGAGUUAACGUCGACGGCAACACGACCUUAGAGGGCGCCGCGGCACAUGGCGAAGGCAUCACAGAUCCCGAACCAAGCCCACCACCCGUUGACCUCACUGUGGAGGCAGUGAAAAUCAAUGGCACGGUGUCCAGGCUUAGCUGUAGUUGGUCACCUCCAAACACCACUGGGAACCUGCCCGUUGAAGGUUAUCAGCUUCAGGUGUGCAUGGUGCAGAACGCGUCAACUUGCUGGGACGGCAACACUACAGCGGAGCAGCUGUCGUAUGUGGUCGAGGCCGUUCCAAACUUCGAGGACUACGUCGUCACCGUAAACGCUUAUGUGCUGAACCAUGGUCGCGUAGUUGUGGGUGAAGCAGCCACCGCUACUGCGAGCACGGCAGCGCCGGAGAUACCUGUCAUCGCGAGCGUGAACGCAACGGCAGUCAACGCAACGACCAUCUACGUAGAGUGGAAACCUGUGGACUCAGUUAACGAACUCGAAAUCGAGUACAAUGCGACAGUCUUGAGCGCAUACGGGGAGGAAGUGAGCCAAGUGUUUGUUAGCGAUUCUAGAGUGGUGUUCACGGAGCUACAAGCGUGGACAAGCUAUACUGUUCAGGUCUCCGCGUGCGUGAAGCGAGGAUCCAAGCGACAGUGCGGAAGCGCCACCACUGUAGUCGUUCGGACGUCGUUGACAGAAUCGAGCAUGCCGACUAGCGUUCGCACAACCACGAAUGGCACUGCCAUACACGUGACGUGGGAAGAGCCCUUGCACCCGAAUGGACCACUAAUAGGAUACAGCGUCACAUGGUGGUUAAACAACGCUACCCUCAAUGACAGCAAUGGCUCGGCAGAAUUGCCUAAAAACACCACGUUUCUGAAAGGCCCUGUUGCUUCACACGUCAUCGACGAGUUGCAAUCACCAGCCACUUAUGUCAUCGAGGUACGCCGAGUCAACGAGAAUAACUACGCUCUUCUGGAAGGUGCUGCCGCUCGUGUCGAAGCCUCAACCACUCCAAACUCAUAUCCACCACCACAGAAUGCCAAGUUUACAAUUCGCCGGGUAAACGCUUCUCAUUUUGCGAUUAAUCUAACGUGGCAACCACCCCAUAAAUCCGUAAAGGUUGAUAUUGAGCGAUAUGAACUCUUCAUUCAACGCAUUGAAGAGGACAAGUCGUCAGUAGUCUUUACGGUGAAUGCUGUCACGCCAGGGUAUCUCUUUGAAGUCAGCGAUAUGAACCCAUUCGUUGAGUACAUCGUACAGAUUAGAGCAUAUGUGAGGUUCGGAAACACCGUAGUUAAGGGAGAAGCUGCGGAAGUGCGCAUAAACGUUGACGCCAGACACCUUCUUGUCGUGUCCAAUGUCGAAGUGAAGACAUCGGGUGAGGGUGUCGCCGUAGUGAGCUGGCAGUCAAGUGUGGGCAUCAACGUCGCAUCAAGCAACACGACGACGUACGAGGUUAAGCUGAUAUCAACGGAGACUGAAGAGGGAAUAGAAGGCAUCGCCACGAGCUCACUUCAAGCAACGUUCACGGGCUUGAAGUUGCGCACGAACUACACAGCACGGGUAAAGGCAUGCGACAUCAGGGGUCACGUGCGCAAGUGUGGGAACGUCAGCGAAGCAAGGUUCCAGACACCGAAAGAAGAUGCCACGCCUCGUCCAACAGACUUCAGCGUUGUUGCUGUGAAUUCGACCGCUCUGAAGGUGACAUGGGAGAUGCCGGCGCUUUCACGUGAAGUGGUCGUUACUGAAUUCCGCAUCCUAUGGUGGCCUUCCGCUACAAAGGAAACAUCCGAGUCCGCCGCGGAUGGACACACUAGAAUUCACUUCGCAAGCGCGAACGAAACAACAUUUGUCAUCACCGGACUCGAAGCCUACAAGAGCUACGACGUCGAAAUAGUCGUUUUCUACGUAGAAAACUCUGCGGUCAAAAACGUAUCAAUCAUUUCUAAAAGUAAGACCGCACCGAAACCAUUCGCACCACCCACCAAGGUAACGUUCGCUAUUUCUGGUGACGUUGACGAAUUAACACGAGUCAGUAUCUCCUGGGAACCGCCUACGCACUUGACAGGACCGCGGUUACAAGGUUACUACGUCGACGUAUGUCCGAUUGUGACGUCCAGUAAGUCGCCAAGCGGAGCUGUUUGCAAGAGGCACAACACGACCUCUACCACUUUCGUCACGGCGCUGGAAGGCUUGAACAGGUUUGAAGCGUACACCGUAUUUGUAAGCGCGUAUACCGCACAUCAAGGUGUUGUGAUCAUCGGAAAGCCGGAGGAAACCUUCGUCACCACAGAUCCGACGCCUCAGCUAAAGGUCGACGGGAUAAAAUUGGAAGUCUUGGGUAACGAUAGUCUCAAGAUAUCGUGGACGGGAGUUGGCCUAUCAGCUUCAAGAUGGAGAGCUGUGUAUACAGUCAGGGUUAUGCUAAAGAGCACAGGUGACCAAGUUUUUGAGAAGGAAGUCUCCACCGCGGAAGUUAAUUUCACUGAUUUCAAGAAAGAAGAGUAUGCGAUACACAUUGAGGCCUGCAUUGUACGAGGUGGUGUCAAGAACUGCGGGAGACCAAAUACAGCUAGUGUCCAGCGUUCGGCCUUUGUGCAGGAGAAUAAGCAAGUCAGCAUUCAAACAGUGAACAGUACGGCGAUUGCAGUUAUCCUGAGCCAACACGCGGAGAUGGAGCCCACUCUGACCGGAUUCAAGAUCUCUUGGUCGGCGUCCAAACCUGAUCCGAACGACACGUCGCAUGGAGAAAGCGGGGCGGUCUUUCUACCGCCUAACGCAACCAGCUUCACCAUCGAUAAUCUAAUUUCAUUCGAGGCUUACAAUGUCCAGGUUACAAAAAUCUUCACCGACGGAAGCUCGCAGUGGGAAGCAGUCGCCGCUAGGAGCGAGACCGUCACCGAUCCAGAGCCUUUCGCAAAGCCGACAGGAGUGGUCUUUGAAUCGAGCUCCUCUGGCGGCAACUCCUCACUUGUAGUCAACUGGAACGCCCCUACCUCAUCUUCUGACACACCAGUUGAGGGAUACAUUGUGUCUAUCUGUCCUCGGCAUGAAACCCCGGAAGGAACAGGCGCCUGCCACACGUACAAAACGUCUGCGUCUUCACUGCACGUUGAUGCAUCAGGGCUGAGAAGCUUCACUGAAUAUGCGGUCGAGAUAACGGCUUACGUGACCAUUAACGGAAGAGCGAUCAAAGGAGAGACCAUCAGGAUGGUUACAGUGACCUCUCCUCCGCCGAUACCGGCCAUUGAAAAUCCAGUAGUGUCCAAUACGGUCGAAGGAACGUCGGUCAAGGUAUCCUGGUCCCACCCUCAGACACUUACAGAGUAUGACGUGGUUUACGAAGUUGCGCUGACUGAAGAAGCUUCUGGACGUGUCCUCUCAAAGACUGAGAUGAACGCUACACAAACGACAUUUGAAAACCUUGACGUUUCUACCGAAUACACUGUGUCAAUCAUCGUAUGCCUUGUCAGUGGGAGUCAAAGAAAGUGUGGUAAUGCCAGUGCCAUCUUAUUCAAGACAGCUUCAAAAGAUGUCCCCAAGGAACCGAUUCACCUGCACAUCAAAGCCAUCAACAGCUCCGCUCUUGUCGUCACCUGGCCCGCGCCGUUGACAAACGCCACGCCAUUCGAGGGUUAUGUGGUUACCUGGUGGAAACAAAAUGAAACAUUCCAGGAAGAAAAGAUGACCUAUAGCAAGGCACUUCCUGUAGAUCGGACGAGCUUCGUAAUCAAUGACCUAGAUGCAAACACCACUUACCACGUAAACGUCUCCAGAGUCUACAAGGACAGCGAUGCGGACAGAAUGGACUCGGAAGAAAUGCUAGCAAGCACGCAGCUGGACCCCUAUUUGAAACCUACUGGUUUACGCGCGGAGUACAAGGUAAACAGCUCACAAGUGAUCGUCACAUGGGACGCAUUCCCAGUGCGCAUUGAAGACUCUCCCGUGCUUGGAUAUAUCACCGAUAUGUGUGUUACCACUGGCAACAGCACGAAUGUUGAAUUUGAGUACUGCGAUCAAAGAAAUGUAUCCGCAGGUUUAGCGGAAGCAGUCUUCACAGAAGUGGAAGGCCUGACUGACUACCGCAUCGAUGUACGAGCCGUGGUGAGUCGAAGCGACAAUACCAGCGACGAAGGAGAGCCAGCGUUCGUUUACAUCCGCACUCCAGCCCCGCCUUUGCCUGACCUAAGACACACGCUUCACGCUGACGUCAGUGCUACCAGUGCGACACUGUUUUGGCGUAGACCUGUGGGAUUUGACGACUACGAAGUUAUUUACCACGUCAGUGCGUUCAGUGCGUCAUCGCAGCUUAAGAUCGACAGGACGACUAACCUGACGGAGCUGACGUUCCAAGGCUUGGAGCCAGGUGCAAACUAUUCUGUGGAGGUUGAUACAUGUCUCAUCAGAAGACAGCGGCGACACUGCGCUGGCAAUACCACUAUGGAGUUCAAGACACUCCCAGUCGGCUUUCAGGGGAUCGUCAACAACCUGACUGCUGAAGCGCUCAGUGGUACAUCACUUCGAGUUUCUUGGGAAGCUCCUGUUGAACAGGAUGAUCUGAAAAGUUACCGUGUAUCUUGGUGGAUACAUCGGGACAACCAGACCAACAAGGCUGGCAACAAUACGCUUACGAUGUCUUCCGAAAGCGCAAGCGCAGUUAUCGACGGUCUGAAGCCGUACACAACCUAUGUGAUUGAAGUCAUUGUGCAAUACAAAACGCGCCUCGUGAAGUGGCACGGCAGCCCACUACUCCAGUUAGCGACAACGAAACCAGAUGGUCUGCCUGCCGUUAAAAGUGUCCACAUCGCAACGACGACACGGACCUUGUCGUCAUCGGACGUCGUUAUCUCCUGGACUACCACUCAAGAAGAGACCUCGGGUAUUGAGGUGAAAUACCGUGUCUCACUUUGCAUUGGGUCUAAUUCAAGCAACCAAGUGUGCCGCGUCGAAUCGGUGAACGCACCGCUCACGCGCGUGACGUUUGAGGGGGUCAAAAAUUUUGCUGCGCUGGUAGCCGAAGUCCAGCCUUUAGUCAAGACAGAAAACAAUGUAUUCGAAGGAGCUGGAGUUGAGAACACUGGCCUUAGUUGGACACCCGACAUUUCGGGCUUGAGCGAACUUACGGUAACGGAUGUAACGGAGGACUCCGCGUUGGUUUCGUGGUCGAAAAUACGAGAUUUCGACAAAAUCAAUGGGGCGCAUUACAACGUCAUUCUGAGCAUUCAGACUUCGCAAGACGCGGUCACAAAUGACACAGUGAAAAGUCCUGACUGGAAUGUUGCGGUCAGUGGUAGCGUUCCUCAGGAGAAAGGAGCUGUUGUACGAAAUGUGACGACAGUUGACUCCCAGAUAGAACUGGAUAAGCUGAAGCCGUGGAAGAACUAUACUGUCACCGUGACGCCCACAGUCGUUGGCGAUGGGCAGUUCUUCGUUGGCAACAUGCAAAGCAAGGACUUCACAACUCUAGUCGGCGCGCCUGGAAAGCCGAGGAAUGUUACCGUAGAAGAAAAACUCGACGGGCACACGCUCAGGUGGCUUCCCCCGGAGUCGUGGAACGGACCUCCAGGCGGCUACGAAGUCAGCUUCACCUGCGUCAACGGGGAGGUGAAGGGCAACAGCACGAGCGUUACGCUCGAAGCGGACAGGACUGCGCUUCGCAUCCCGACGCUGAGCCCGAACGUGCCGUGCACAGUCAGCAUAAGCGCGUACAGCCUGUACGAGGGUGAACCGAUGGACGGACAGAGAGUCAGGGUUCGCUUCACGCCUCUCGCCAGAAGAGAGGAUGCCGCAUUCGUGCAUCCCACAAUCAACUGAGCAGUUCAAAGCGAGAACUGUAAUUGACUUGUAGGUACGGAAUCCCCAAGGUCAGACAGCGCAGGUGGUACGAAAUACGGAAGAAGUAUACAAUGGAGGCCGUGUACUUUAAACUAAGGUUCAAUUGCAUGAACACAGAGACAUGAGAGCCAAAGAGAGAGAAACGCACAACAGAGUUCUGCUGCGCUGUCAAUCUGUGUAUCUAUUUGCUAUCACAUUUCGUGCUCUGAUAUUAGGCAAAGUACUAUCACCAUCGCGGUUAGCGAAAAAUAACCUCCAGUACAUAUGUCGCAUAAUUUGAGAGGAAUUUUGACUUGUAACACAGCCCGAACUAAACUAAACAUGAAGCCAUUAUCAUUCACCAGAAUCCAGCAAAAAUGACUGGGAUUCUUUUGCGCUUCCUGCGAGAGGCCGGUUUAUGUGAUACUUGGUGAGAUAUACUGCAUGGAAAAGUUGCUCAGGCGUAGCAAUUGCCGACCUCGUAUGGUAGGCACCACCUGUUGCUAGGUGUAGAAAUAUCACCACUACCACCAUCAUUUUGCAUAUCGUUCAAUUAAAACUAAGAGAACAAACGUGUACAGUCUCAUGAACUAAACUAAUUUUGUGACUCUCUUCUGAAAUUAUCACAAAGACCUUUGUGUCAGAUCAACGUCGAAAGAAACCAUUCAAGCGUACAGUUUCUAAAUGCCUAAUUGUUACACUGAUGUGGUUUCGACUUCCGCAAAAAACCUACGAAUGCUUACUCAGACACUUGUCAUGGCAUGAAUCGCUACUGCGUAGCCAAAUACGUGGACACACGCUGGCUUUGAGAGUACGAGGACGGGAUUAAUUCAUGUGCGCCGGGGACGCAGCAUAUUACCCAUGUGAUGAAGCUCCCUCUACAGUCAUUGGUAUUAGCUUAAACCUUUUUCGAUCACUGGCUUUACUCAACAUACAAACAUAACAAAGAAGAGACGUUUCGCCACCUAUAACGGUGGCAUCGUCAGUACACAAAUGUGUCAGUACAGAAAUGAGUACGUUCACAUAGAUAGUAGUUCAAGCAGCUCUGUUAAGCAGGGCAACGACGAUAGAAUAU